AUGAUUAAGUUUAAGAAGAAAGCGAGCCUGGUUCAAUCCACGGUAUCUCGCAUUCCAGUCGCCGGGGCAAACUCAGUCCCUUCCGCAAUCUCUGCCAAGGACAGUCAAUCGCGAAUCGUCCCCGACUCUGCAGCUACAAAUAGCACAACUAAGCCUACGAGUAUCAGCACCAGCAUGCCAUUGCCACGGUUGAAUCCUGUGGUGCACGUGCACCGGGUUGCAAAUGCGAGGAAAAAGGGCAAAACAGAUGCGAGUGGUGACGAUCCUCAUGCCUCCACGAACACAGGUCACUUCCGAG